AUGUGUCUCUGUGAAAGAGAGAAUGCAAACACAUUGAGUGUUGACAGACGACACAUUCGAAUUCCCAAAGAAAUGGGAUUUGUUCAUUCAACACUAAAGCUCUUAUUAAAAUCUCCACCUUCCCGCAUUGUUCUUUCAUUCUUUCUUUCUUUCUUUCUUUCUUUAUGUGCCGUGUCCCUUCAGGACUGUCUGUCUAUCUAUCUAUCUAUCUAUCUAUCUAUCUAUCUAUCUAUCUAUCUAUCUAUCUAUCUAUCUAUCUAUCUAUCAAAUUGUCUGUUCGUCAAACCCAGUCUGUUUAUCUAUCUAUCUAUCUAUCUAUCUAUCUAUCUAUCUAUCUAUUCUCUCUCCCACAAUCUGUUCACCUAUCUAUCUAUCUAUCUAUCUAUCUAUCUAUCUGCACGUUCUGUUGAGAUUACAAAUAGCAGGGAAUUAAUUCAGAUGUUCUUUUUCUCUUCUAUUAAUUUUGUUUACUUUUACUCUCUCGUCUUUUCUUUCAUCAAAUUCCUUUUCUUCAUCUAUUCCUUUUACACCUUUCUCCUUCCUUUCACGUUAUCGUCUUUCAUUUUUUUCUUUUCUCUUCAUUCUAUCUUUCUCUCUUUUCCUUUUAUCAAUCCUCAUUUAAUGUAUUUGUUUCUUUUUCUCUUUUUCUUUCAUUUUUCUUUUCUCUUCAUUCUAUCCUUCUCUCUUUUCCUUUUAUCAAUCCUCAUUUAUUGUAUUUGUUUCUUUUUGUUUUUCUCUUUCCUUUUUUUCUUUCCUCUUCUUCCUUCUAUCGUUCUCCCCUUUCCUCUUCAUUUAUCGUAUUUCUUGCUUUCUUUUCUUUUCUUUCUUUUGUUUUCUCUUCUCGUCUUUUCUCUUUUAAUCGCCUUCCUGUUUCCUUCGUUCUUCGCCUUUAGACAGUGUGUCAUAAUCUAG